AUGCGUGAGGAAUGUCCCUGCAUGGAUGGAUCUUUCAUCUCUGGAGAUCACUUCCCUCAAUGUCGUGCUUUGGAUCGUGAUCUGUGGGAUGCUCUGCCUGCUGCUCCUUCUGGUGUACAUGUCAUUGACAAUGCCCUGAACGUGCUGCCUAUAAGUGGUUCUGCUGGUCCUCCAGUAUACUGGUCUGCGUUACUAUCUUUGCUUCAUGCAAUCGACUGUGUGGUCCACCCUUUGGCUACUAUCGCCCCUGAUCCUGACCCAGGAUCAUUGUGGUUCUAUCCUCCCUCUCAUGGCUAA